CCUCCCCUUCGCUAAUCACCCCAGGCAGCGAAGGGAUGCUGCUGCCCCCUCCCGCGGCCGGGCAGCCUGGUGAGGAGCCUGCACAGUGUGUCCGCUAUCUCUGGGCUCGGGGAGCACCUGGGGAGCCGGAUGGAAGUAUUUGGAAGUGAUCCUCAAGAUACCAGCUCAAAUCCCAAAUAUUUCUGAAAAUCGUGUCUCUAGCUUAUUGCUGGUAUGGCUCUUCCACCUCCAGACCCACAGUUUGUUCUACGGGGUACUAGUGCUGAAGUCCAUACUCUACAUUUUUAUUGUGGAGGCCAAGAACCCGAUUACCCCAUUCUCUUCUCUGGGUCUUCCAAUGGGCUGAUCCAUGUCUGGAACCUGAAGACACGCAGGGUCGAUACAAUUCUAGAUGGCCAUGGAGGAAAAUCUGUGUACUGGGUGGAAGCAAUCUAUGGCAGAGACAGGCUCCUCAGCCAGGGUCGUAACCAAAAGAUCUGCCUCUGGGAUUUGGCAGAAGGAAGGAACACAGUGACAGAUUCUGUUUUCACUGAGAACGUGGGAUUCUGCAAAUGUUCACUGCUGAAGGUGGCACAGGGACAUUGGCUAAUGGCCAUGCCAGGAAAAGACCUAGAUGAGGUUCAGGUUUUGGAACUGCCAUCCAAGACGUCAGUCUGUACCUUGAAGCCAGAGGCGGAUGCCAAACCGGGCAUGCCCAUGUGUCUGAAGCUAUGGCAGCCUGACUUUGGUUCAUGUCCUUUUCUUCUGGCUGGCUACGAGGAUGGAUCAGUGAUUCUGUGGAAUUUAUCAGGGGGAAAAAUAUUAAGCCGACUUGCUUGCCACCAGGAGCCAGUGAUGAGCCUUGACUUUGACUCUGAAAAGACGAAGGGGGUCUCGGGCUCAUCUGAGGAGGUGCUUACCGUCUGGAGCCUCGAUGAGCAGCAGAAUUUAAAGGUUCAGAAAACACACAAACUCAUCAAUGCUGGGAUUGCUGAUGUUGCCAUCCGCCAGGACAAGAAGAUCCUGGCAACAGCAGGGUGGGAUCAUCGUAUCAGGAUCUUUGGCUGGAAGAAACUGAAGCCCUUGGCAAUACUGGACUACCACACAGCAACUGUCCACUGUCCCCAGUGUUCUUUCAAUCACAGAACAUAAACCAUACCGCAACAAGGCUUUUACUAAUAAAACUCUGCACUUCCCAACGUUUAAAGUGGUGUCACACACUGAAAUGUGUUCCUGCAUUUCUUUGGUUAUUUUUCUCUCUAUAGUCAGCUCUGUGGAGGUUUAUUCUGCACGUGUGAGUCAGAUGAGGGCUGAUCCUGAGUGUCUUUGAGCCAGUCAUUGGGAGUUACAGACGCUCAUUACAUCUAGACGGUAGAUGUGUAUGUGAAAUGAUCAUGCCAGGAUCUCUACAUAUCUUCCACUUCCCAUGCAGAAGAGAGGGGCCUGGGGUCAGCAAUCUCCACAGCACCAUCUUCCUGAGAUCCACAAGGAGCCUGACUGAAUGAUACAAGUUUCAGAGGGAUCGCCGUGUUAGUCUGUAUCAGUAAAGCCAACGAGGAGUCCUCUUUGAAUGAUACAAGGAACCUCACACCGUUUUUCUCCUCACAAAACAGAUGGGGACUUAUGAUGGAAAGAAAGCCACUGUUUCUUAUUCUUUUGUAUUAAAUUGCAGUGGUACCCCUCUGAUCUCAGAGACUCACCUAAUCCUACAACAGGACACCUCCUGUUGAAUUCACAUGUAUUAAGGCCCUGCACCUAUUGAGAUGAAUGGCAAAACUCCUACUGACCCCAGUUACACAUGAUUAAACCCUAAGAGAUCACCCUUCUCCAGGAAAGUCCUUGGUUUUGAUUGGAGUUUUACCAGAUUAAAGAUUCAGGGCCAGACUCAUAGUCACUGCUUGAUUUGUUUAUUUACAAAUCAGAUAAAGAGGGGUUGGGAGUGUUAAGGUGAACACUAAGGCUGUGUCUCCACUGCCACUUUCAGCG